CGUGUAACAGAAAUGGGUGGGGCGGAACUGUAAACUAAUUAAUUGUGCUGUAGCACUUGAUUUCUGACAGGGAUAAGUUAGCUGUUUGUAACGUUACAUCGGAUGGUUGCAAAGAUCAUCAAAAAUGUUCCGUUAGCGCUUUAAACUUGAAACGCAAAAUGCGAUGCUAUCUUAACGCAUUUAUCCUCUGCAUGGUUUUCACCUUCUUUUCAGUGUUAUAUGUGUUCAAUCAACUAGCCUCCACUUUGGAGGACAGAGACGCAUGGGACCUGAAGGAACAAGGGACACCCGACAGGAGCAGUCAUGACACCGGUCACCGUCUCAGGAAAAGGCCAGGACUGGCAGGCCUUCGAGACCGUGAACGAGGGUUUGACAGGUGUAAAUCACUGUCAGUUUCUUACUGGAAUCCAUAUUGGAGACUGCCUGCUGAUGUUUGUGGAGUGAACUGCAUUUUGGAAUCAUCUCUUAGAGGGAGGUCGGGCUCUGAAGUCAAGGAACGUAGUGAUGAGAGAAGUCACUUGGCUGUGGUGGCCUGUGGCCCCAGAUUAGAGGAGACUCUCACCAUGUUGAAGUCUGCUGUUCUCCUUAGCAAAAAGCCUCUGCACUUCUACAUCUUUGCUGAGGAUGAUCUACAUGACAGCUUCAGAAAUGCUCUGGACUCCUGGCCCAGGAUAGUUCAGACUAAGUUUAACUUCACUAUCUACCCCAUCACUUUUCCUAAGGAGAAUGCGAAGGAGUGGAAGAAGCUCUUCAAACCAUGUGCCUCUCAGAGGCUCUUCCUGCCACUGAUCCUAAAGGAGGUGGAUUCAUUGCUCUAUGUGGAUACAGAUAUCCUUUUUCUGCAGCCGGUAGAGGACAUCUGGGCCCUCCUUUCUCAGUUCAAUUCGAGCCACUUAGCUGCCAUGGCUCCAGAGCACGAGGAGCCACGCAUCGGCUGGUACAACCGCUUUGCUCGCCACCCUUACUAUGGCAAAACAGGCAUCAACUCAGGGGUCAUGCUCAUGAACAUGACGCGCCUCAGGGAUAAAUAUUUUAAGAAUGACUUGACAACAGUUGCACUUAAGUGGGAGGAAAUUCUGAUGCCCCUUCUCCAGAAGUAUAAACUCAAUAUCACCUGGGGUGACCAGGACCUUCUUAAUAUCAUAUUUCACCAUAACCCAGAAAGCAUGUAUGUGUUCCCCUGCCAGUGGAACUACCGUCCAGACCACUGUAUCUAUGGCAGCAACUGUCAACAGGCUGAACAAGAAGGCGUCUUCAUUCUCCAUGGCAACAGGGGAGUUUACCAUGAUGACAAGCAGCCAGCAUUUCGAGCUGUCUACGAAGCCAUCCAAAAGUACAAGUUUGGUGAUAACAUGGAGACCUCACUGCUUCGCCCGCUAGAAGAGUCGCUACAGAUUACCACGAACACCUACUGUGGAAGAGCCAGUCACCUGUUUACAAAGAAGUUAAAACAGAGCAUCAUUUCUCUACAAUGAGAUGUCACACAGAGAAGAUGAUCAGAACUGUAUUUAUUAUAUCAUUCCAUGGUUAGUGUCUUAAUUUCUCUCUAGAUGUAGCGACUUGGAUUAAGGCACUCCUGUGGAGACAAUGAGCUGGAUAACAGAGUCAGGUCUACACUGAACCCUCAUCUGUUUACAAACUGCAUAUCAAGACUGUAGAAAUGGAGAAGGAUAAUCUGGGCAACAGGUUGUAUCUUUAUUUUUAAGUAAAGGCAAUGCUUGUACACACAACUGGGUCACAAAUGCUUUCUCACCAUUGUGGAAAAUGCACUGAAUCCAUAGAUUUUGGACUUUAUAAAUGACAAGAAGGACA